CCCGUCAUUGACAUAAAAACAUUUUCCAUCGUAAGCAGCGUCCUAGCUGUUUUGUGCCAGAAAUUCAAAGUUUUUGCCAAUUUACGCUCAUUUCCGGUGAUAAAACAGCAUUACCAGCACCAUGGCCGACAAGGAGAACAAGGAAAAGUCCAAGGUUGACCUCGGUCUGCUCGAGGAAGAUGACGAAUUCGAGGAGUUCCCCGCCGAAGACUGGGCCGGCACCAAAGAGGACGAGGAAGAGCUGAGCGUCUGGGAGGACAACUGGGACGAUGACAACGUGGAGGAUGACUUUAACCAGCAACUUCGGGCCCAGCUGGAGAAGCAAAAGCCAAGCAACUAGGCUGGGAUUGUGAUUGUAUUUGCUUUUAUUGAUUAAGCACUGGAAUAAAAAGAACAUUGUCUACUAAACUCUACAA